AUGGAUAGCAAUAAUCGUAAUAGUCCUUAUAGUCAUAAUAGUCGCUAUAGUCGUAAUAGUCAUAAUAGUCGUAACAGUCCUUAUAGUCGUUAUAGUUGUUAUAAUCGUGUUUCAGCUGAGGUUUACUACGUGCGCGAUGGUCAUGUGAACAAUUAUGCGUUCAAUUUUAUUGUCCCGGUGCCGGGGAACGUGCGUGACAUAAAUUUUACCUGGCAAAGUUUGGCCGGUCGUGCACUGCCGUACAGCAUUAACGUUGUCACAUCGGAUCAUUCGGUAUUACCGCGUCCCGCCAUGAAUAUUUCGCAAAUUGGCGAAAUACCAACGACGGUGCAAACAUUUUCGAUCAGCUUAAAAUGUUCGGGAGCACGUGCCGCUGAAGUGGAUGUCACCAUAUCGAUUGAGGUUAUAUUGAAUCGUGCUCAGAACAAUGUAACGCAUUUGGUGUUUCGGCGUAAGAAAAUUUGCUUUUUGGACGCAGUGGAGGAGAACAAAGUGGAUGACCCAUUAUUGCUUGAGACAGUUGUGCCACCGCCGACAGGCAUUAUUACGCUGAUUGUUGGCAGCUUGGUUGCAUUGGCUUUAGCUGUUAUUAUAAUGCUGGCCACUUAUUGUAUACGUAGCAGUGAAAAGCAUCAAAAUCAUGGGCAACCGAUGCGCACCUCCAGUUUUCAGCGUCUGAACACAAAUCCGCCUUGUCAAACUGCAUCGUAUAUAACACCGUCAGGUAUUCCACCAACACAUGAUUCAUUGCCACGUAAAAGCGAACAACAACCGGAAGAAUUGCAUCGUCGGAUAUCUGAAUUAACAGUUGAACGCUGUCGUGUACGACUCUCCAGUUUACUGCAGGAAGGUACUUUUGGGCGUGUCUAUCGUGGCACUUAUAAUGAAAAUCAAGAUGUUAUAGUGAAAACUGUUGCGCAACAUGCUAGUCAAAUGCAAGUUUCUCUACUACUGCAAGAAGGCAUGUCCCUCUAUGGUGCUUCACAUCCUGGUAUUCUUUCUGUUCUGGGUGUAUCGAUUGAAGAUCAUACAACACCAUUCGUACUAUAUCCAGCCGUACAUAAUACACGUAAUUUAAAAGUAUUUUUACUGGAACCAUCUUGUGCACGUACUGUCACUACAAUUCAAACGGUUAUGAUGUCAUCGCAGCUGUCUAUGGCUUUGGGACAUCUACACAGUCACGGAGUUGUGCAUAGAGAUAUAGGAACCAGAAACUGUGUCAUCGACGAUCAGCUACGUGUCAAAUUAUCAGAUAGUUCACUCUCACGCGAUCUAUUCCCGGCCGAUUAUAAUUGUUUGGGUGAUAGCGAAAAUCGUCCAAUUAAAUGGAUGUCACUAGAAGCUUUACAGCAUAAACAAUUCUCUGAAGCUAGUGACUCAUGGGCUUUUGGUGUACUCAUGUGGGAACUAUGCACAUACGCCAAACAACCUUACGCUGAAGUUGAUCCAUUUGAAAUGGAGCACUACCUGAAGGACGGUUAUCGUUUGGCACAACCUUUCAAUUGCCCCGAUGAACUUUUUACAAUUAUGGCUUAUUGUUGGGCACUUUUACCGGGUGAAAGGCCCACAUUCGCACAACUGCAGGUUGGUUUAUCGGAAUUCUAUGCACAAAUCACUCGCUAUGUUUAAAUAUGAUCGUUUUUACGAUCUGAGAAUAACGGCGUGAGCAGUCGAUAUUGAUACUAAGCAAUAAUAUUGAUUAAGAUAAUCUAGUUUUUAAUGAGCCUGUAGUAGUUAAUAAUGGACUUGCAAUUAAUGUUGGUGUUCUUGUUUGAUGUUCACAAUUAUAAUAAAGAAAUAUUAAAAUGUGUAAGAUUAAAAGGAUUUAGGUUAAAGUAUAUGUCUACCAAAGAAGAAAAAAUCCAGUUGAGAAAUUGAAAGAGUUCGGAACUAUUAUGAAGAAAGCAGCAAUGACUGGAAGGCGAAAAUCAACAAAAAAAAAUUACUGCAAAACUAUAUUUGUUACUUUUAAUAGUUGAAAAAAAAACCGCAAUGUAAUAUAUACCUAAUUAUAUAAGUACACUUAUACAUAUAUAUAUACAUCAACAAUAUCUGUUAUAUGUAUCCAUACGUAAAGAAAGCCUAACUUAUAAAUGAAAAGAAAACU